UCUUUUUUUUUCUUGCUCUGUACAUCUCUCCUUUACAUUAUGAAUUAUAACUGUAUUAUUUGCUUUGGAUCGCUUCUAUCAGACACAAGUAACUCAGCUGUUAUACCCUGUGGUCAUGUCUUUCAUAAGAAUUGUAUUCGUCCUUGGAUUGAUCAGUCAAAAAAAUGUCCUCUUUGUAAAAAAUCAACUUCCCAUCGUCAAAUUAUAUCACCUCUUUAUUUCUCUACUACAGAAGAUACAGAAGUAGUAGAUGAUCCGUCUUCUUCUAAUACCAAAACUCGCGAUCUACAACUGAAAAUCAACACACUUACGAAUGAAUACAACAGCUGCAAUAAAGACCGCCAAUCGUUACGAAAAGACUUAGCCAAUGCUAACUUAAAGAUAGAACAAAUGCAACAUGAACUCAAGAGUACAACCAAAGCUAUGCGAUAUUUAAAACAAGUUAGAAGAGUGGCUGAUAUCGAUGAUUAUCUAGCAAGUCCAACAGCAAAAGCUUAUCUUCGUAGUCUUCAAAAUAUGUCAAAUGAUGAUUUACUGGUUGCUUUUGGUAGUUUAACCGCCAGAUUUACUGCAUCCAACAAGUAAGUAGAUAAACAUCCAUAAAUCCUGUUUGUAAUGUAUUAGAGAGCGUGAUGAAGCACUCAAAAGAGCGACAAUCAGCGAAAAAGCAAU